AGCGGCUCAAGGGCCAGCAUCGCCUCUCAGCAGCACCAACCCCCCAAAGAGAGCCACUGAAAGCCAAACAUGCCACCAAACCCCCAUACUAAGUUUCCCCCCCAUCUCCAUCUCCAUUCUUCAUCCCCAUCCUCUAUCCCCAUCUUCAUCCACAUCGACGUUAUCCGCAUCUUAUAGCUCGUCCCCCAUUGAUACCUCCAUCAGCCACCCACUUCGACCUGCAGGAAGAAUUGUACUGUGCUGUAUUUAUUCCGUCCUUGGCAACUGUCCGAAGAAAUAGCCCGGCCCCCAAAUCUCUUCUCAUCUCCAGCCGGCUUCUAUAAUCCGCAUCGCUUGCCGAUUGGCUUGUGCUCUGUGAACCUUGGGCCCCUCACCCUGCUCUGAUUUUUCCUUUCUUGUUUUCUCUUUUCCCAAAUUUUCUUCUUUUUCUUGCUAGUGACGACAUCGGAGAGAACGGCACCUUUCAAUGGUCUCUCUGAACUGAUCGACAUCGCUUCCGUUGCUGCUCAUACCUAGACACACAACAAGCUAGAAGAAGAAGGAGAAAAGACAUCAAGCUCCAAACCGAGGCUUGCGAAGCUCAUCACGUCGCAAAGCAC